UGUAUUCAGGCGAAGGAAGAAAAUCCGUCGCUCUCUCGCCAGCUUGUUCAAUCUUGGUGCCUCCAGUUCAUGGCUCAGCAGCACUGCCCUCAGCAAUACGGAUUCCUCCCAUGUAGAUGAUCCUUGGCCUGAUGGAUGCAGUAAACUAGAAGGUAGUCAGAGUGAUACUGGUGAUUCAGACUUUUCUUCUGAAUAUAAUAGCCAUGUGCCACAAAGGCAAACUCCAGCAUCUAAUGGAGCCUCUCUCACCAAAGAUGAUGAGUUUCUUCAGCCUGAGAAACCAUUCUGUGCUUCAAAAUCCUGCUCUCCAUUUAUGAUAAACACAAAUGAAGAGACUUUGAGCAAGGCAGAAUCCAGGACAGUGCGAAAUAUCCUUUCUCAGAUUGUUGCACUGAUCACGUGUUUAAUAAUUUCAAUAUGUACAAGAUAUUUUCUGGGAGGAUUGUCUGCCACUUUGUUGCUGAUAAUUUUAGUUUUUCUUUUGUCCCAAGAUGCUGCUGUGUCAUCCUUCUUCAGUCCUGACACAUCUUUCAAAACAACUAAGUUUUG